GGAACCAUUGUACGAAGGAAAUACUUUUCCACACGGUCGUAAUCCACCGAAAGGACUCAGGUGUCAUCAUACGAUGCUAGCUGUUAGCCUCUUGUACUCAAGCUCUAAAAUACAGUUCGGCGAGUAAUUUAACUUCUGUCACCGCCGCUUUCCUCAGUGCGUGUUGCUUGUUAAAGAGCGUGUCCGGCUGCUUUUGAGGUGUCUUGGAGGCAACGGUGUCGUUCGCUGCUCCGUGCUAAUCGUUAGCCAAGUGCUAACAACAGUGACAGCAACUAAGUUACAUGCGUCUGCCACCGCUGUCAUUUUCAGUGGCGGCCGAUCGACAGGGACCAAGGAAACUCUGACAGCCGUCCCCAGCAGAUAUCAUGGAGCUCCAGGCGGUGCUGAUGGCGGCUGGUGGGGGUUCUCGUAUGACUGAUCUGACAUACAACACCCCCAAACCUAUGCUGCCUGUUGGCAACAAGCCCCUCAUGUGGUAUCCGCUUAACCUGCUGGAGAGGGUGGGCUUUGAAGAGGUGAUAGUGAUAACCACUAAAGAGGUCCAGAAGAUGAUGAGCACAGACCCUAAAAUGAAGCUGGACGUGAAGAUGAAACUGGAUGUGGUUUGUAUCCAGGAAGAUGGAGACAUGGGCACCGCAGACGCUCUCAGACACAUCCAGCAGAAGAUCAAGACGGACAUCCUGGUGGUCAGUUGUGACCUGAUAACAGAUGUGGCGCUUCACGAGGUGGUUGAUCUGUUCAGAGCCCAUAACGCAACACUGGCAAUGCUAAUGAGCAAAGCACAUGAAUUCACAGAGACAGUCCCGGGCCAGAAGGGCAAGAAAAAGACAGCUGAGCAGAGAGACUUUGUUGGUGUGGAUCAUUCAGGCAAAAGGCUGCUCUUCAUGGCCAAUGAGGCAGAUCUGGAGGAUGGGCUAUCGAUUAGGAAGUCCAUCAUGAGGAAACAUCCCAGGAUGCAUAUCAAAACAGGCCUAGUGGAUGCUCACCUCUACUGUCUGAAAAAGGCAGUGGUGGACUUCCUGACAGAAAACAAGUCCAUCUCAUCAAUCCGUGGUGAGUUGGUACCGUAUUUGGUGCGAAAGCAGUUUUCCAAAACAACCGACAGUCAGAAAAUCAAAGACGACGCAGAGGAUCAGAACCAGAAAACAAACGACUGCUCUACAAACCAUGAGCUCCUCAUCUCAUCACGGGAUGAGCCUCUCCUCCAGCUGGCCCAGGAGCGCUCCUGUUGGAACGACCAUCACGGUGACAUGAGCGAGGCGUACCAUGGGGGAAAGCUGCGCUGCUAUGUUCACAUUAUGGACCAGGGCCUGUGCUACCGCGUCAGCACUCUAGCUGCUUACAUAGAGGCAAACCGACUGGCCCCAAAGCUGUUUGAGGAGCCAGCAGUCCAUCCAUCUGCUGUCAUCUCUGAGAGAUGUCAGAUGGGAUCAGACAGUAUCAUUGGAGCUCUGUGCCAGGUAGCAGAUAAGACUUCCAUAAAGAGGUCCACUAUUGGAAACUCCACCACUGUGAAAGAGAAGGUCAAAGUCACCAACUCUGUCAUCAUGCACGGGGUUACCAUCGAGGAGGGGUGUAAUAUCCAGGGCAGUGUGAUCUGCAGCAAUGCUGUUAUCGGCCGAGGAGCAGACCUCAAAUACUGUCUGGUGGGAAAUGGACAGCGGAUCGAACCAGAGUCUGAAAGGACUAACGAGGUCAUCGUUGGGAUGGACCAGCUGAUGGAGAUCUAGCUCCCGAGGGGAAGGAGUGGCAUCACCUUAUUAACCAAUCAGAGAGCAGCAAAACACAGAGGACAACUAAUUAAUCGGCUCACCGACCAAUCAGAAGCCUGGAUGCUGCCUGAAGGAUCGACUCUCCCACCACUAGGCUUUUUUGUACAUUGUGUCCAAAUAAACACAGGUCUGCUUAAACUCA